AUGGCCGCUUUGAGUACUGACCAGGUCAAGUCUCUUGAUCAAGCACGCCUGCGUCUGUUGGCUCUUCACACUUCGUUGGUCGCGCUUCGAUCAGAGAUCACAACCCAGAGCCAACUACCAUCAUGGCCAACUUUGCAGACUCACGCUAACCUCGUCUCGAAUAAUAUGCAGCAGAUCGUCGCGCAACUCUCAGAAUACCGAGAACUAUUUCAAUCUACGGUCGCGUUCCCCCUUCCACAAUUUCCGGGCAAGGAACGGGCUUUCAUUCUCGAAACGCUGUUACGUACAAAGCUGGAACCCAGUGUCGAAGAAUGGAUUGAAGAAGGGCAAAGAAUUUCCGCCGACCAGAGCAAGGGUUCCCACUCAGGACUUUCUGAUGAAGAUCGUAGCGCACUCUGGCAGUGGGCACCAGGUGCUGCUAACAAGGAAGCACGGAAACAGAAGUGGGGUGCCGACUACACUUUUCAGGAGAUGCAAAAUGGCAUUGAAAACGUGGUCACUGGCCUCCGCAGAGAACUGGUGGAGCCUCCCGACGAUGAGGCUGAUGAAGAUAUCGACGAGGACGGAGAUGACUUCGACGAAGACGAUGAUGAAGAGGACGAAGACAAGAUGGACGUCGAGGAACCAAAGGCUGAGGCAACUUCUGCCGCUGCUACCGGGACUUUGAGCAGACCAGUGAUUACAACUCAGAUGCCGCUCCAAAUUGUCCACAAGUACAUGACGACUGGAAGAUAA